GCAAGCCAUGUGGAGGAGGGCUUUAGCGAUGGUCCUGUUCAUGGCUGGCGCCGCGCUGCUCGCCGGGGCUGCCGGCGCCGGCGCGCAGCAGGGCGUGUGGAGCAUCAUCACCCGGCCCAUGUUCCAGAGCAUGCUGAGCCACCGCGGCGACAGCGGGUGCCAGGGCGCCUUCUACACCUACGACGCCUUCAUCGAGGCCGCCAGCAAGUUCCCCGGCUUCGGCACCACCGGCGACGAGCAGACGCGCAGGCGGGAGCUCGCCGCCUUCUUCGGCCAGACGUCCCACGAAACCACCGGUGGAUGGGCGACUGCUCCGGAUGGACCGUUUGCCUGGGGAUACUGCCGGGUGAAGGAACAGAAACAGACGGACCCACCCUACUAUGGACGAGGACCCAUACAGCUAACUCAUAAGUACAACUACAGGCUCGCCGGGCAAGCGCUGAACCUGAACCUGGUGGGCGACCCGGACCUGGUGGCGAGAGACCCCGUGGUAGCCUUCAAGACGGCCAUCUGGUUCUGGAUGACGCCGCAGUCGCCCAAGCCCUCGUGCCACGCCGUGAUGACCGGCGACUGGAGGCCCUCCGCCACCGACCGCGCCGCGGGGAGGCUCCCCGGAUACGGCCUGACCACGAACAUCAUCAACGGUGGUCUAGAGUGCGGCGAGGACCGCUCCACCGACGGCGCCAAAGCCGCCAAGGACCGGGUCGGCUACUACAAGAGGUACUGCGGUAUGCUCGGAGUGGGGUACGGGGACAACAUGGCAUGCGGGAGCCAGAAGCCUUACGGAGGAUGAUGACACUAGUAGCUGAUCUAUGGUUGCUGCAAUGCAAGCCUUCACGUGUGUUUGCCUCUCUACCUAAAGAAUAAAUCAAGCUAGCAGCAAACCUACCUUCGGCGUGUGUCUACUUGCUUAUCAUAGUGUGUGUCCGUGUAUGAGAGAUGAUGUACUGUCACGAACUCACGUGUGUAUGAGAGAGGAUACAUGGUAAGACUAUCACUACUAGAAUCCGCC